UUAUUUGUCAAUGAUUAUCAUUCAAUCAUCAAGCCAAUCCACCUUUGUCCUCAGGUUAUGUUUGAAGCAACAGCUGAUAGAUUUGAAGAAGGAAGGCUACAACGCUGCUUUCAUGGAUCAACUACAACCUCCUAUCAAAAUAUCAGACUGGUAUGCCUCACGCUUUGAUUGUGGGUGUCAGUAUGAGUUCUUCGUGGAGUUGCUUGAUAGGAGGAAAAAACCCAUCUGUACUUUUCAGCCUGAGAAAGUUUUUUUCCAACAGUGGAAUGAUGAGCCAUGGUGUCAAAUGACACAUGUCUUUAAGGAUUAUGGACCUGGGGUUCAGUUUAUCCGCUUUACUCAUGGAGGGGUGGAUACACAGUCUUGGGAAGGCUGGUAUGGGAUACGGGUCACUAACAGUAGUGUGGAGAUGUGUCCAGCUGAAGAGAGAUAGUUUCUUACUGCAUUUUUGUGCAAUAGGCACAAAGUUGCACAAAGGAAUUCUAAUGAUGCAAUAUACCAUAAAGGAGACAUAUAACAUUACAAAGCACUUUUGUGUAUGUACUUAGUUCUAAUAAACGCUGUAAAUAUGAGGGAACUUAGUCUGCAACUGUAAGUACAUACAUAGACAUGCACUACUUAUGAAGUAAUCAGUUUACUUAAUGUUGAAAGCAGUUGAUGAGAUAUUAUAUAUUUUUUUCAUCUCUAUGUAUUAAUUUUGAAUUUGUAACAGUUGAAAAAAAUGUAAGAAAUGUAUAGAUGAUGUGAUUGAAUCUGUAAGGAAUUUUGUGACCUUUUUUGCAAAUGUUUUCAUCACUGAAGCCAUAGUAAAAAUAUAAUAUUGUCAGAAUUUA